GCUAAAUAUUUCGAGGUCGAUACAAAUGUUUCCAGGCUUGUGUUUCUAGUCGGACCCAUUAACAAGUCGGAACCGGAAAAGUCCGCAAAUAACAACUUCCACCCAUAGCUGAAUCCCACCUGCUAGAGGAGUCUGAGUCUUUGAUUCCAGCGUUAGAGAAAAGAUGGCGGAGAUCGUUCAGCAGCGGAUCGAGGACAGAAUCCCACAACUGGAGCAGCUGGAGAGAGUGGGACUGUUCACCCAGAAAGAAGUCAAAUCCAUAAUAAAGAAAGCAACAGCUCUGGAGUACAAGCUCCAGCGGUUGACCGUAAACAAGGAGGACCUAAUCGCAUACAUCCAGUAUGAAAUCAAUGUUUUAGAGCUGAUCAAGAAGAGACGAGCGCACAUCCACUACCAGUUCAAACGAGAGGAGAUUGAGUUUCCCAUCAUCCAGAGAAUAAACAGCAUCUUCAGACGAGCCACAAAGAAGUGGAAGGACGACGUGCAGCUCUGGUUCUCACAUGUUGCUUUUUGCAAGAAAUGGGCGACCAAAGGACAGAUCAGCAAGGUGUUCUCGUCUAUGCUGGCCAUCCACCCUGACAAACCAGCCCUGUGGAUCAUGGCUGCCAAGAGUGAGCUGGAGGAUCGGGAUUCCUCUGAGAGUGCCAGGCAUCUGUUUCUGCGGGCGCUGCGUUUUCACCCAAACAACAAGAAGGUCUACCAGGAGUAUUUCCGCAUGGAGCUGCUGCAUUCUGAGAAGCUCAGGAAGCAGAAGGAGGAUCUGGACAAAGCUGAUCUGGACUUGGGGGGUUAUGAGUUUUCUCCGGAGAUCCUCAACGGUAAGCUGGCUGAGGUGGUCUACAUAGAUGCUACAGAGAAAAUCAGAGAAGCAGAGUUUGUCAUCUCACUUCUAAACAUAGCUUCUAUCUUUGACUUCACCAAAGACCUGCAGGACUCCAUCCUGCAGGACCUACAGAAAAACUACGCUGACGACAGCGUGACGUGGGACUUCAUGGCUAAGAGGGAGCUGGAGGCUCCGGGAGCAGGAGAGGAGCUCCACACGGCCAGAGGCCGAGCCUCGGAUAUCGACCGCAGAGAGGAGCGCUGCUGCCAGGUCUACGAGGAGGGCCUGAGGAGCCUCGGCACAGGUGGGAGCUCAGGAAAGCCCAUGUGGACGUGCUAUGUGGCCUUCUGCUUGGAGAGACUAAAGAGAAAGACGAACGUUCAGGAGCUGAAGGAGAAGAGGCAGGAGAGGAUGCUGGGAGUUCUGAGACGAGCCCACGACUCCUCGCUGCUGAAGGAGAACUAUUACAGGAACUGGCUGGAGAUCCUGCUGUCAUCGGAGGAUGCUGAGGGAGCAGCGGGCGUUGCCAUGGCAGCCACGCAGCGCUACAGCCAGUCGGUGUCUGUGUGGUGUCUGAGCCUGCAGGCGCUAAUGCAGCUGGGGAGCGGAGACGUGGGCAGGCUUUUCCAGGACGCCCUCACACAUGUUAAUCCCAAGGACAGCCUUCCACUGUGGCAGCUGCAGAUCCAGUGGAGCACGGCCAACCAGCGACCCGAGGAGACGGAAGCCAUCUUUAAGACAGGGCUCCAGUCUGCCAUCACGACCGUUGCCAUGGAGAUGAAAGAGAGCUACCUUAACUGGUCCUACUCAGCUGGAGGCUAUAAAAAAGCAAGGAAGACCUUUCUAAGCUUACGAGAAAACCGCCCACUAUCCAAGGGCCUUUUCACUAGAAUGAUUGAAGUUGAGAAGGAGCAAGAAACUCCGAAGAUCAACAAUCUGAGGGAUUAUUACGAGAGGGCCCUGCAGGAGUUUGGCACCUCCGAUGAUGAUCUGUGGCUGCAGUACAUCCAGGAGGAGCUGGGACCGCUCGGCCGGCCGGAAAACUGUGGGAAGAUCCACUGGAGAGCCAUGAAGUUCCUGGAGGGGGAGAGUGUGGGGAGAUUCACCUCCAGAUACACUCUGCUGCAGACCGGACACCUGUGAUGCAGCUGUGUGUGUGUGUGUGUGUGUGUGUGUGUGUGUAUGUGGGACCAUUUACAGCAUGAUACCUGACAGACGUUCACGUACCUGUAAAUCCAGGUGAUACACAGCUGUGGCUCCUCCUGGUCCUGACUUAUUCACCUGCCUUCAGGUGCAACGUUUUAGCCACGUUUGUUGUGCUAAAGGUGAUUUUUGGGACGUUUUGACAGUUUUUUCUGGACUGAUGAGCUAACGGCUAGUCUGAGCAUAGCCAAGAUUAAAGCUCGACGAGGAGCUUAUCCAACGUCGUAAAAGAAACCUUUAAACAUCAAUCACUGUAACCUCACCCAGUUAUUCCCACGGGAAUAUUAAAAGAUUCCCGCUGGACUUGACCCCUUUGCUGCUGAUGAUGUUCGUGCUAAUCAUCCGAUCAGAAUCAGCCCACAUUACAAAACAAGACUUAUGUUCUUUAGAGGGCCGUGGCCAGCUUGGUGCUCAGACUAGCCGUUAGCUCAUCAGUCCUGAAAAAUAAACUAUUUCUCCAACCUGAGGCCAGUCGGGAGUUUGGAUGUGAGAAGAUCCCUGAAGUGGUUCUGGAUCAGAGCAGCGUUCCUAUUGCCUGUGAUCACUUCCUGUUUCUACCUGGAAGCGUCGGAGUUUAAACAGUUAUUGUGAUGAAACGGUGUCUCAUGAUGUCAUAAUAAAACAGUCUUCAACCCGA